AUGACGCAGCUGAUGUGUCAUAUCUCGUUUACACUUGUUUCAACCUUGAGGCUUGAGCUAUUUUGUGUUGAAAGAUGCGACUUGGUUAUUGUUGCUGGUGGUGUGAGUGAAAGACUAGCUUCAGGGUUGUUAGAACCGUUUCUUUCACAUCUAAAGAGUGCAAAAGAUCAGAUUUCAAAAGCUGGCUAUUCCAUCACUCUGCGUCCUCCAUCUUCUCCCAAUGCUCCAUGGUUCACCAAAGCCACCCUCCAAAGGUUUGUUAGAUUUGUAAGCACUCCAGAAGUUCUAGAGAGGAUUGUGACGAUAGAAAAGGAGAUUGUGCAGAUCGAAAAUCAGUCAAUUGAGAAGACAAAUUUAGUGUUAGAAGAAGAAGGGCGCAUCAAAAAGUCAACUGCGAAUCAAGAGGGAAAUGAAGAAAAUUCCAGGGUUCGCCUUCGACGUGUUUUAGAUAAUCGUAAAGCCAUGCUUUGCAAAGAGCAAGCAAUGGCCUAUGCCCGUGCUUUAGUAGGAGGGUACUAUCCAGAGUCUUUAGAUGAUCUUAUAUGUUUCGCCGAUGCUUUCGGAGCUUCACGUUUAAGGGAAGCAUGCAUCAAUUUCUUAGAUCUAUGCAAACAAAAGAAUGAAGACAAGCUCUGGAUGGAUGAGAUAGCAGCAAUGCAAGUGUCGUCUCAACCGGUAUUGCCAUACCUGAGAACAGCCGGAAUCAUACUCGCCGGCGAAGAUGAUGCUAGCAGUAAACUGAAUGGUUUAGGUGAUGCUGCUAUCUCUGAGUCAACCCCAAGUCAUGCAAGUUUUGACAUGAAUCAAGAUAAUGGCAUGCCAACACCACCAAUGUCAUGGCCAAACCAUGUUCCCCAUUACAUUCACAAUUUUCAGGGUCAUGGAUUUCAACAUUUGCCACCACCAUACCAAGGGUACCUCUAUCCUGGUAUGCAGGUUCCCUCUUCAUACUAUCCAGCCAGUAUGCAAUGGCCUCCGAAUUCGGAAGACUCAAUGGAUUAUAAUAAACCAUCCUUUAAGAAGAAGAAGAAGAAGAAGAAACACUCUCAGGAAGAUGCAUCUACUUUGUCCAGUGACUCAAGUUAUGAGAGUGAUUCAGAUGAACAUUCAAGGCAAGGCAAAAAGAAGCAUGGAAAGAGGUCAUCAAGGAAAGUCGUUAUUCGCAAUAUAAACUAUAUAACCUCUAAAGGAGAUGGCGAAAAAGGUAGUGUCACCGAGGGGAGUUCCUCGAACAAUGAAGAUUUUAUCAAUGGAGAUUCCCUGAAACAUCAAGUAGAGGAAGCUGUGGAGUCACUAGAGAGAAAGCACAAGUCAAGCUCCCAACAGCAUAAGAAACAACAAAAUGGUUCAGCUGGCAUUGAUUCGAAUGGCACGAAGGGAAAUGACAACUGGGAUGCUUUCCAGAAUCUUCUCUGGAGAGAUGAUGAGCCUAGUCCUGAUACAGAACAACAAAAUGUAAAGCUUGAGGAGGAAGUUAUUGUGAAUAAGAGUUUCAAAGAUGAUUCAUUUAUUUUAUCAUCAAAGGAAUUGGACAAUGAGAGUCAAAAUUACAACGAAUACUUUAAGGAGGGGACGAAUGCAUCUUCCUUGAUGAAGAAAAAGGUUAACACAGAUGAGAAGUUUUUGUUUUCUCAGAGAAAUGGAGAAUCAGGUCAAUAUUCUGUGUCAACUAUUUCAGGCUGCGGCCCGGAACCUACCGUGGCAAAACGCCAGCAAGAUGAUUGGUUCAUUGUGAAUAAGUCUGAUAAACCAGAAAAUGAGAAUGAACACAAAACUUUCAGCAUGUUGAAUGGUGUUUCCAAUCCUGAGAAAAACAGAAGAGACACUUUGGCUGAUGACUCAUUCAUGAUUCAAGCUCGGUCAUCGGAUAACCAAUCGAAUUCUCAAUCAGCAGCAGACUUAAGUUUGGUUUCAGACAUUGUUGGUGCUGCUGAAUUCUCCAACAGCACACAAGAACAUUCUCACAAUAAGACUGAAACUUUGAAUUCCCAAGAGCCAGAUGAUCUCUUCAUGGUUCUUGAUCGUGACUCGGCCUUAGAGCACAGCGCAGCAGCACCACCUUGGAGUGCUGAAAUGGAUUAUCAAAACAACAUAUCAUCAAAUGAAGUGAACAAAAAGCUAGCCAACGCCGAAACAGAGAAAAAGAAGUCGUCGAAUGGCGAGAGGACUAAUACUAAAGCUCCCGGAGCAAGGAAUGGAAAAGUUUCAGGUAAAGCAGCAAAGGAUAGGCCAGUAAAUGGACUUAAUGGAAGGAGCAAAUCAGAUAUCAGCUCGAAAACCAGAGCAUCCCCUGGAAGCAGAAUGACAGCUAAGGAAGAAGAAAGUAGAAAGCGAAAGGAGGAGCUACUGAUUCAACGGCAGAAAAGAAUUGCAGAAAGAAGUGCUUCUAAGAAGACUACUUCAAUAGACACCAAGAUUACUUCCAAGAACAAGCCAAAGAUUCAUCCAUCCAAUGAAGAGACUAAGAAAUCACAAAAGCCUGUCCUUCGAAACUCCACAAUCGAGCGCCUCGCAAUUGCGCGUGUAGUAAGUCAGAAAGUUUCAAAAGCAGUUCCUACCAAGAAACCAUCCUUGAAGGCAAAUGCAGUUCCUUUGGAAAAGAAGAAACAAGGUGUGAAAGAGGUGAAAUCUUCAAAGAAGAAAGAGGAUGUGAAGAAAUCAAAUGAGGAAAGAGAGCAUGCCUUAGAAGUUGUGUUGCCAAUGAACUCUGCCAAUUUCGAGAAAAAGGCCAAGAAUUUGAUCUCAGAAAGAGAGCACGUGCAGGAAAAUGUUGGCCAACUUCACAUGGAGGCGUCAAGAGGUAAAGACUUGUCAAGCAAGUUAUCUUCGCUUGCAGCCGAUAAACCUCAGCAGAUCGCCGAGGCAAUCAUGAAUCCUAGCGCAGCAUCGCCAAUGAAGCCGCCGCCAGCUGUUUCUGCCGUGAGUUCAAAGGUCAGUCUAGAGAUAGAUGAAAUCAAUGCUGCUGUCUCUAUUCAAGUCCCUAAGAAACAAAAUGCUACCCCUCCUCCUCCACUUAGUGAUCAAGUGACGUCGGAACCAGUUCACUCUAGGAAGAAAUGGAACAAUGAUGAGGACUCUUCCAAAGCUGCGAAAGGAUUCCGGAAGCUUCUCUUCUUUGGAAGAAGGAGCUAAGCAGCCUAGUUGACAACACUCAUGAAUCCUCUUUAUCCAUGGUUUUGGUAAUUCAAUGUUUUUGCAUUUCCCAUUCUUUAGCUUAGUAGAAAGUGUUUGACACAACAUUUUGUUUUGUUUUUUGGGUUUUGAACACAUACAUUCAUGUUUCAUGUGGAAGAUUGUAGAUAGUUUCUAGCUUUUGCCACACACAGACACAAUAAGGCCAUUGGAUUUGGAGUUUGGUGCCAUGUUAGAGAUCCUUGAUGUAAAUUAUGUGAGUAUGGUAUAGUAAUAUCCUAAGUGAGGAUUGCAAAGUUAAUAAAUUUUUGUGUGUUACAACUCUUAUUAGGAGGGCUUAUCUUUGUUCAUUGAUUUCAUUUGAUGCCAAAAACAUGUUUCCUUGUAUUUUAAAUCAUGAGUGUUUGUGAU